CAAUCAAACUAGACUUAAGCGAUUUGGCAUUUGACAAAUAAAAUUAACGUAGGAUUAAGUGAACCCCCAUAGCUCUAAGUAGAUAUAAGCAGAGGAUGCCAGACCCUAUUCGAUGGUCCGGACACGAUGGGAGAUUGGGAAAACUUGCCUGUGGAGUUGUUGGCUCAUUUGUACUCUUACCUGUCUAGAAGAGACCGACUCUCCUGCUCCCUGGUCUGCGAGAACUGGAAAAGUGGUCUCGAUCAUGUGAUUUUGUGGAAGACUGUGAUCGUCCAUGUGGAUUCGGACUUGAUGGAACCCAGUACCGUGAUUUUGUUAAGGGAUUAUUGUAAAUAUAUCAAAAAUCUGGAGUUUGGGUGGGCCGUCCCUCACAGAAACAACAAAUGGGCACAAGUUAGGUAUAAGGAACUGACCAAGAGAGCUGUGCGGUUUUUUCUCGUUUUGUACGACAACUACAUCCAAAUCCACAGUUUGAGGAUUUUUAACUGGUUCGACUUUAUGUCCUUCCAAAAAGUUACGUACCAUUUAUCGAGAUUCCUCAAAAACCAAGUGAGUCUCAAAAAAAUCAUCUUUGACAAUAUCAACAUGCACAGUGCGAACUACAUGAAAGUACUAACUUCUUGUUUGGGCUCUAGAGGCACUAUAACGCACUUAGACAUCCGCAGUUGUUACUACUGCCAGUCUUCAUUCGAUGCGAUCUAUUUCAGAAGUUGUAUCGAACAACUCACUUACCUGAAAAGCUUCAAACUUGAUUAUUUCAUCCUGUCGUGCAGAUUAAUUGACUCGAUUUUGACCAGUAAGAACAGAUCUUUGGAACAUUUGGAAAUUGUUUUGAAAGAAACAUCAUGGCAUGACCACGUUAUAGACGAUGAACAGUGGUGUCUACUGUGCAGUGCAUGCCCCAAUCUCAAGGUCACUCUAAUCAUUCGAAAUGUGUACCAUUACGGUGAAUUGCGCCUCUACCUCAAACAAUCGAUCCCGAUCGUGUCCCUCUCUAUUAUUCUACCACGAGUUAUGGACAGAGGAGGCAGAUGGAAUUUCGGAAAAACGCUAAAUUUACUAGUGAGCAACUACCACCGAACUCUUGAAACCAUCGAUUUGCAUAUCAAAAACGAUGGAGAAGUUGUAGACGACGUCCUUCUGCGACUGAUCCACCGCUGUUCAAAAUUGAAAAGUUUCCUCUUUAACGGCUACUUGGAAAACCCCCAACUUCUCAAAAGCUCGUUCAGCGAUAUCACCUUCUUCUGCAUGACCCCGAACUCCCUCCCCGACAAACACCUCGUUUUCAACAAAGUCAUUCGAGACGAUGUCACUGAACUGAGACACAAACGGGUGCAGUUCACCCUAAUCAAGCGUAGCCCUAAGUCAAUUUGUUCGCUACUUGUCUUAAAUUAAAGUGAAGCCCAAAUUUUUUAUUUAA